CCAGACUCCCGGCGCGUUCCGGGGGUUCCGGCGUGCAGCUGCCUUGGCCCUCGCGCUUGCCCCCGCCCCGUGGGAGACCGGGGAUUCCAUCUUUCGUGAUGGCAUCCUUACGGGAUUGAGAUGUUUUGACACCCUCCUCCACCAUUUCUCUUCUGAACUGGCAGCUUGUCGUUGGCACUUUGGUAUCAGUAUGUCUCUGUACAGGUGAUCUGAAGACCCGACUUCUCGUCACCCACUGGAUUAUGCCCAAGUCUUUCCUACCCAAUGAUCCUCUUGCAACACGCCGGGCUUCCUCUGCCUAAGCGGCCCUCAUCCUCUCCUCCUAUGUCAGUGGCCGCCAGGUCUACAGGAACCUUGCCGAUUCCGCCGCAGAAGCCUUUUGGGCAGGAGGCUUCCUUGCCUCUGGCAGGGGAAGAAGAGUUACCUAAGGGAGGGGAGCAAGACACUGCCCUGGAGGAGCUAUGUAAGCCCCUGUACUGCAAGCUCUGCAAUGUCACCUUGAACUCAGCACAGCAAGCCCAGGCUCAUUAUCAGGGUAAAAAUCAUGGUAAGAAACUCCGAAAUUACUAUGCAGCAAACAGCUGUCCUCCUCCUGCCAGAAUGAGCAACGCAGUGGAACCUGUGGCUACUCCAGCUGUUCCAGUCCCUCCGCAGAUGAGCUCCUUUAAGCCAGGAGGCAGAGUGAUUCUGGCCACAGAGAAUGAUUACUGUAAGCUCUGUGAUGCCUCCUUCAGUUCUCCGGCUGUGGCCCAGGCUCACUAUCAAGGGAAGAAUCAUGCCAAGAGGCUGCGGCUGGCGGAAGCUCAGAGUAACUCAUUCUCAGAAUCCUCAGAGGUUGGUCAACGGCGGACCCGGAAAGAAGGGAAUGAAUAUAAGAUGAUGCCUAAUAGGAGAAAUAUGUAUGCAGUACAGAAUAAUUCAGCAGGUCCUUACUUCAAUCCCCGCUCUCGGCAGAGAAUUCCACGUGAUCUGGCCAUGUGCGUUACUCCAAGUGGCCAGUUUUACUGCUCCAUGUGUAAUGUUGGGGCCGGUGAAGAAAUGGAAUUCCGGCAGCAUUUAGAGAGCAAGCAACAUAAAAGCAAGGUGUCUGAACAGCGGUACAGGAAUGAGAUGGAGAAUCUGGGAUAUGUAUAGUGAUUGUCAUAUUCAGAUAGAGCAGCUUGUCCUGCCUGUUGUUUGCCUUCUGUCAACAUGUUCUGCUUUGUGGUUCUUUUGAUAUGAGUACAUUCCUCUGCUUAAUGUUAAUACACGUAACCUGCAGUGGUACCACGAGGUGUCAAAACUGGGGAAGGAAGAGAACGUGCUUAAGUCAUGAUACUUUUUCAGGUCAGUUGUGUUGAGCUGCUUAAAGCCUGUGACCUACCUACCCCAUGAGAAAUAACUUUUUAUCUUGACCAAGUUCUGGUCAACUAGUAGCCUGACCACUUAGAGCUUUAACUAUUUAAAAGCUUCAUCUUUUUUUGCAGUUUUAGUGUUACGUACUGCUAAAUAAAUAAUUUUAUUGAGUUCUUGCUUCAGAUCAUAGUAAAAACAGGUAAGCAAAGAUUUUAGUUUCCCAAGGCUUCUUUGGAAUCACCACCUCAACUCAAUGCAUUGUCAGUAGGAUAUACUAUGUAAAACUGCAUUAGAGUCCUUCCCAGGACAGUUUUUCUCUUUAUCAUGUCCUCCAAUUAUUGAAAUGCAGGUUUUCUUGGAUUCAGACAGUUCUAAUGUGCUUGUGUACUUCCAAACAGUGAAACUUCAUUUCCGGUUGUGAAUUUCACAAAUUUAAAUUCACCUUCUUCCCGCCUCUUUUUUUCCACCAGUUGAAUUAGCUUAUCCAAUAAGCUCAUUUUCAUGCCCCAGCUAUGUUGUGGGUUUUCCAAGCCCCACAUUUGAAUAUCCAAUGAGUUUAGAAUAGAUGUGAUUUAAAAAAAAAAAAUACAUUUUUUUUCAGUUGGUUUUAGGAAAUGAAAUGUGUUUGAUAUUUCAAUUUAGAGUUACUUGAUGAUAAUAACAUGUACUUACAUGAUGGUCUCAACUGUAAGUUCAGAUCCCUUGAUGUUUGUUUUGGUAGACUUUUUAGGUAAACAGAUCCUUACGUUUUACUUACAUUCUUCUUUGUCUUGCUACUUUGUUGACUGUCCUGAAAAAUACCACACCUUUACUAUUUCUGAGAUAGAGAAGAAUUUUUUUAAAAAGUUAAUCAAAUUUUAGUAUCAUCAUUGCCAAUAGAAAAAUACCUGAACUUUGGCAUUAUUCUUUAUAAUCUAGCUUCCUUGAAGAUAAUAAAAAUAUAUUAUAGAUUACUUUCAUAUUUGAUAAUUUCAACAGUAUUAUUAUUUUUGUUCUUUGUUUUUAAAAUGAGAAGCUCUAGUGUUAUAUCUAGAUUAAAUAAUGGAGGAUUCUAUGAACUUUCAUUAACCAUAUUUUACCUAUUUACUAUAUUUACAUGCAUAAGACUGGUGCUCAUCCAUACUUCUUUUGAAAGGCCAUGUUCACCAGGUAGUUUGUAUUGAGCAGUAUCUUUGCACUAUGGUAAAUUCACUUUUGAUUGCUUAUAUUAUUAAUUAAAAAUAAAACUCCUAUUUUUCCUUGAAAGUUCUGUAGGCAAAGAGAUGAGGAGAAGGAAAAUUAUCAUCAUUCCUCUCCUUUAGUACUUCUGAACAACUUUUAAAUACUAGACCCAUAUUUAAAAUUAAGUUUUGUGAUUAACCUCUGGUACACCACCAAGUUGCCCUUCUGUUGAAGUGGUGGUUUUUUGAAAAGUAAAAUUGCUUAGUAAUUUUAUUUUCUCCCAGAAACAGAAGAAUGGAAUAAUAUUCUGUUGAGGUUCUAUCUAGACCUGUGACUCUUAGUAUAAUAACCCUUUUUGUAGUAAUCUAUAAAGUAUAAUUGAUUAUUUUAGGGCAAUUUAGAGCUUAUCUUAUUGGUCAGUAGGUUACUCAUUUUGCUGCUAAGUAUAAUUUUUUGGUAGAUUUUAAUAUGACAGUUCUGGCCACAUGGUUCUGUGAUUAUUUAAAAAUCUCAUUUUUUCCCCCUCUCUCUCUGUAUGUGUGACUAUAUAUAUGUAUACACAUGUAUAGGUAUGUGUGUGUGUAUAUAUAUAUAUUUAUAUAUAUACACACACAUAUAUGUAUAAAACUAUGUACAUAUAGCUUUAUGUGAUACCAUAGAGAAGAUUUCAUUGAAUCCUUAGAUAACAGUAAAAGAUUGUGGAUAAGAAUUUACAUUUUAUAAAAGUGGCAUGCAUCCACUUUCGGUUUUUCCUUUGCAAAUAAAAUUAAAGGAAGGAUUCCCUCUACUCUCCCCACAAAACAAUUUCAUUAUAUAUAUAUAACAGCAGUGGACUUAAGGCCUUAAUGUUUUUCCUGGCCUUGCAUAUUCAGGUUUCUCAUCUCUCAGUGCCCUUAAUGGAUGUUAUGAAUCCAUAAACGCAUUUUCUUUUAAAGAAAAAAGUUAGAUUUAUAGUGUUAAUUCUUACUUGUUAUAUUUCUUUGCACUAAAAAAGAGUGAUCUGUUUGUUUUAUAUGACACUUUAGAUACCAUAUUGCCUACAAUAGCUGGGUUUGCUCCUUAAUUUCCAAACUCUAGGAAGUUGAUAAAUAACUUCUAUGAUCAUUUAUAAAGGUUACAGACACGUCCAAAAAAAAUCACACAUCUCUGUGACAGUGGGUUAUGUUUUGAGCUUGUUACCUUGCAGUAUUCUCCUGUGUUCCAUAGGUGAAACAAAGGGUGACAGAGGUGUCAGAAAGGAAAUGCCUAAAUAAAUACAUCUCUUCAUGGUACAAUUUCUCAUACUCAUGCAUUCCUUACAGACAGUGUUUUUUUUUCCCCUGUCAAAGAAGGCUGUUGUUACUACUGCAGUCAGUGAUACUCAUUUGGUUUCAUUUAGUGAAAUCGAGCCCUGCUCUUUAUUGUGCUUUAGAAUUUGCACCCUGUGCUCCCCAGGAAUCAUGUUAGUAUCUCUUUAUAUUCUGUACAUAAGGACGGACAGAGGCCUAACCAAUGGAAAACCUUUAGUCAAAUAAGUAGAUUCCAGUAAUCAUCUGCAAGAAGAACUCAGAGCAUCAAAGUCUCUUUUCUCUGUGAACAUCUUUGUGUAAGUUGUCAUUCAAAAAUCAGUGUUCGAAGAUAACAAUUAGAAACUCUUCUAAGAUAUUGAGGGCAAGAAGCUGUGAAGGAAAAAUUUUGGUGUUCCAAUUAAAAGGUUGGAUUGCUUA